AUGAAAAAGAGAAGAGAGAGAAAUAUAGGAGAAUCAUAUCUAAACUAUUCAGAGAUAGUUCUCUUAUCUAAUAAUCACAACCCGAGUCGAAUCGAUAGCACUGACGAAGCUUACCUUGUAAAGCUGCUCCGUAACAGCAGCGCCGAUUACGCCGGUGUAAAAGGCGGCGACAUAGAUAGUAAACCAAGCCUUGAAGGUUUUGGGUCGACGGAAGUUUCAGUUGGUCCAUACUGUACAGUUGGCUCUUCAGUGAAGGUCGGCAAUGGCUGCGAACUCUAUCCUUCGAGUCAUAUCUUUGGAAACACUGAGCUGGGUGAAUCUUGUGUUCUCAUGACUGGUGCUGUUGUUGUUGGCGAUGAGCUUCCUGGUUAUACAGUCAUAGGAGGCAAUAACAUUAUCGGUCACCACGCUGUGGUUGGUGUUAAAUGCCAACACUUGAAGUACAAGGUGUCAUCAACGUCUAGUGAAACGAUUGGAGACCACAACAUAUUUGCCAACAAUACGCUUCUUAACGGCCAUGUGAUUGUGCAAGACUAUACACAUACAGCAGGAGCCACGGUCAUCCACCAGUUCUGUCAUAUUGGCCCUUAUGCUUUCAUUGGCGGUGGUUCUGUGAUUUCACAAGAUGUUCCAAAGUACAUGAUGGUGACUGGGGAAAGAGCUAAACUUCGCGGUUUGAUUCUUGAGGGACUUAGACGUAAUGGAUUUACCAUGUCAGAGAUGAAGAGCCUGAGAGCAGCCUAUCGAAAAAUAUUCAUGUCUACUGAAACAGUCCUUAAGUCUUGAAGUACGUCUCACAAAGAUGGAACAUAACCAAGAGCUGUGCCGUGUUCCUGCGGUUGGCGUGAGAUAUGCAAGUUCAGACUGUGGCUCGAUUCUUGAGUUUCACAGAUUGGAA